GAAACGUCACCGGUGAUUAUAUUGAAAUAACCAUCUCUCAUCAACUCCUGGCCAGUUCCAGUACCUCCGUGCUAAUGUGUUAAUAAAUCUCGUAUAAAAAUGUUGCGGAUUUUUCUCCUAAAUCUGGCGUUUCUCCUCGCACAACCAGCCCAAGCCCAAGUGUCUGAAGGCGUGCCCUGUGAAACCCCGGACGAGGAAUACGGUGUUUGUAUAAACAUCUACAACUGCACCCAGCUCAUCAACCUCCUAGUCGCCCAACAGAACAACCCCCAAGUCCGCAACUACCUCAAGUCGUCCACUUGCGGCUUCGUCAACACCGUGCCGCUGGUGUGCUGCCCCCAGCCCAAGACCAGCAGCCCCCUCGUCACCACCGCCGCCCCCGCGCCCGCCCCUACGCCCGUUGUGACCGAAAAGUCCAACACCAUCACCACCCUGCCCAAACGGCCCCACUGCGGACUUACCAACAACUCGAACACGAGAGUUGUUAACGGACAACCGGCCAAGUUAGGUGAAUUUCCAUGGCUGGUUGCGCUGGGUUAUCGAAAUUCCAAAAAUCCAAACGUGCCCAAAUGGCUCUGUGGGGGGUCACUUAUCACAGAAAGACAUAUUCUGACGGCGGCGCACUGCGUGCACAACCAACCCACUCUCUAUACGGCCCGUUUGGGGGACUUGGACCUCUACUCCGACGAAGAUAAGGCCCACCCGGAGACAAUCCCACUCGUCAAGGCAGUAAUUCACGAGAAUUACAGCCCUGUUAACUUUACAAACGACAUUGCAAUCCUUACUCUUGAACGGAGUCCCAGUGAAACUACCGCUUCCCCGAUUUGUCUCCCCAUUGACGAACCAGUUCGCAGUCGAAACUUUGUGGGGACGUACCCCACAGUGGCCGGUUGGGGCUCCUUAUACUUCCGGGGCCCUUCGAGCCCCACCUUGCAGGAGACGAUGCUGCCCGUGAUGGACAACAGCUUGUGCAGCCGGGCCUACGGCACGCGCUCUGUGAUCGAUAAGAGGGUUAUGUGUGUGGGGUUCCCCCAAGGGGGCAAAGAUGCGUGCCAGGGGGACUCAGGGGGGCCCCUCAUGCACCGGCAAGCCGAUGGCGACUUCAUCAGGAUGUACCAAAUCGGGAUUGUUUCGUAUGGACUGAGAUGCGCUGAAGCCGGAUAUCCGGGAGUGUACACACGAGUCACGGUUUUCUUAGAUUGGAUUCAAAAGAAUUUGAAUUAAAAUGUGAUAAAAAUACGAGUAUUAAGGAUGUCAGUGUCGAAGUCGCAGCCUUGUUCCAUUUUUCCGAGUGCUUUAUUUACUUAAUAUAACGUUCACUUUGCUUGGCCAGUGAUUGUACGUAACAUAUUUAUGAAUAAAACUUCGUUCGAAAAA